AUGUCGACAACACAGUUUACAGAUCACUACGCUAUCCUAGGCGUCGCACGCCAUGCAUCAACAAAGGAAAUAAACGUCGCCUGGAAGAAGUUUGCACUCAAGCACCACCCAGACAAGUGCAGCCAAUCUGAUAAUGCUAUUGACCAGUUCCGGAAGGGGCAGGAGGCUAUAGAGGUCCUCCGCGAUUUUGAACGGCGUCGCCAGCACGACGAAGAACUCGACAACAAUCAUCCCUCUCGGACAGGCUGGUAUCAACGUUCAUCCCGGACCUCCUCUGCUUACUCCUGGAAGAACUCUCGUUCUUACCCGGCAGAUACUUCGCAAAAUUGGGAGGAGCGCAAGCAACCUUGUGGAGAAGAUAAUCACAGAAGCAACCUCGACGAUACACGAGGCAGCUGCAAGAAGAACGUGCAAAUGGACACAAUGUUUGAGGAGCUGAAGCCGAAGGAGAAAGUUUCUCUUUGGGCAGAAACACAUAUAAGGGAAGAUCAGCCAGAAAUGGACCAAUGGGACUUUGAGGCGGGAAAGGGCCAAUGGGAGGAUGAUUACGCCUGCAUUGAUCCUGGAGCUCGGGUUUUGCGUGAUGAGGAAGAGUUGGCGGCCGAAGAUGACGGGACAGUGGAAGAGCAUGACGUGAAACAGGGUUCAGGUAUCGAACCCGACGGUGCUAGUCCUGGCAGCGAGGCAAGCACAUCCGUUCAUCAGUCGACUGAAUACGCCAGUGUGGCGUCCUAUUUACACGACAGCAGUGAUGGGAAUUGCCAGCUCUCCAAUGGAUCUCAAUUCAGUCACCGCGACAGUAGCAUCGGGUCAGGUGGAAUGCACCUUCCUGACCUUGAGACCCAAACCGACGGCGAGGAUACGAAUUUUGAUUGUGCGAUUUGGGCUCUAUCUUUUUCCAAUAAUGGCCGAGCCAUUUCCAGCUCCAACCCAACCUCAUUGAGCACAGAGCAGUUUCCCCAGGAGCGUGAGCAACCUACUAAGUACCCCGACAUCGAGGGCUCAUUGCGCCCUUUCAUCCUGUACCUCAUGGCCAAGUUGAACGAUUCUAGUGGACGUUAUACCCCCGACGAUAUGUACCAGGAGCUCAUCGGUCUUGUUAUGGAGUCUGUCUGUGGCUGGCUAGAGAGCACUCGUCUCUCGUGUCCCAAUGCGAGCCCGCUGGCCGCUAUGAAUGUCAGUUCUACUUGUUCGCAUCUCGGUUUCUGGCACAAGAGGUUUGACAUGCCCGAAUGUGAGAACUGUGGUCUCUGGAAGCCGCUCUAUAUCUUGACCUGCCCGGGUUGUGGUGCGAAGAAAUGCCUCAUCCCUCUGUGUGCUAUUCUGUUUGACGAAACAGUACGCAAGGAAGGCCUCGGGCUUUCGGAUUUGAGGGAAAGCACUAUUUCCAAUCAUGGCGUGGGCUGGGAUCUCGGUUUAUUCUACCAAGCUUACGUCCUUGCCCUUCAAUCCAUGUCGUAA